AAGAAGUAGAUAUAUAUCAAUCAGAGGAGUUGUUGAGCAUACAACAAUAUAUUGGACGUACUCUGAUACAAAUUCCAUUUCACGAAAAUACUUACCAAGCAUUUAUAAAACAAAACACUGAUAAACCUCAUACUAUACCCUUGUUCCGAAUCAUCAUAAAAUCAACCAAAAAAGGAUGACUUUCAUCCUCCCUCUAAUAUUGUCUUUCAUUUUGCUCCUUACUUUGUGCUUUGCUUCAUGUGCUCUGAUAGCCACUCUACAAGAAGAUGAAGUGGAAGCACUGAAAGAUAUAGGGAGAACGCUUGGGAAGAAGGAUUGGGACUUCAGCGUAGAUCCAUGUAGUAGACGGAAUUACUGGAUAUCCCCUACUCAAUACAGGGAUAUUACCUGCAAUUGCUCUUUUCUAAACAACACUGUUUGUCAUGUUGUUAGUGUUGUUCUAAAAGCACAAAAUCUUUCUGGUACUCUUCCACCUGAUCUUGUCAGGUUACCUUUUCUCCAAGAAAUUGACCUAACCCUCAACUAUCUUAAUGGUACAAUUCCAAAACAAUGGGCCACAUUAAAUCUUGUAAACAUUUCUGUCUAUGGAAAUCGUCUAUCUGGUCCAAUUCCAAAGGAAAUUGGAAACAUCGCCACACUCAAGAGCUUGGUAUUGGAGUUCAACCAAUUUUCUGGAAAUCUUCCUCCAGAACUUGGGAGUCUUUCCCAGCUUGAAAGACUGCUUCUUUCCUCCAACAAUUUCACUGGAGUGUUACCUGCAACAUUUGCUAAGCUCACUGCAUUGAAGCAAUUUCGAAUUGGCGAUAGUCAAUUCUCUGGAGCAAUACCCAACUUUAUACAGAACUGGAUAAAUCUUGACUUUCUCGUGAUCCAAGGGAGUGGUUUGAGUGGACCGAUUCCUUCUGGAAUUUCACUUUUGAAAACCCUCAGUUACUUGACUAUUACUGACUUGAAUGGAUCUGAUUCACCUUUUCCACAUCUUGAAAACAUGUCAAACUUGUCCACAUUAGAAUUGAGAAGUUGCAAUAUCAUUGGACCAGUGCCUGAAUAUCUUGGAAAGUUAACUAAUCUGAAAGUGAUAGACUUCAGCAACAACAAAUUAAGUGGACAAAUCCCCAUGAGCUUCGAUGGUCUAAAGAACUUAUAUUUGCUAUUUUUAUCUGGGAAUCAUUUGUCUGGAUCGUUGCCUGAAUGGAUAGAUAAACCAGACUUUGUAGACCUGUCGUAUAACAACUUCACUAUAACAAACUUUGAGCAGUUGACUUGUCAACAAGGAACUGUGAACUUGUUUGCAUCCUCUUUGAAGGGAAACAGCUUAGGAAAUAUUUCAUGUUUGGAAAACUAUCGUUGUCCUAAAACUUGGUACUCUCUCAAUAUAAAUUGUGGUGGAAAGAGCACAACAAUCGAUGGAAAUAAGACAUAUGAAGAUGAUUCAAGUGAGAUGGGACCAGCAAGGUAUCAUCAAAGUGGAACACACUGGGCAGUUAUAACUUCUGGUCACUUCUUUGGCAGUGGACUCCCUGACUACUACCUAUGGCAUAAUACAACAAAGCUCUCUGUGGAAAAAGAUGUUCAACUGUACAUGGACGCACGUGUUGCUCCAAAUUACCUAACUUACUAUGCAUUCUGCCUUGGAAAUGGAAACUACACCGUGAAUCUCCAUUUUGCAGAAAUAAUGUUCAGCGAUGAUAAUACUUUUAGCAGCAUUGGCAGGCGUGUAUUUGACAUCUACAUCCAGAGAAACUUGGCGGUGAAGGAUUUUGACAUUGUAAAAUCGGCAGGUGGUGUUGGUAAGGCAGUCAUUAUAACUUUUACUGCUAGUGUGACUAGUAAUGCCUUGGAGAUUCGCUUAUAUUGGGCUGGGAAAGGAACAACCACUAUUCCAUUUGGAUCAGUAUAUGGUCCUCUUAUAUCAGCUAUAUCAAUUGAUUCUGAUUUUACACCCCCGUUGGAAAAUAAUAGCAGCAUACCUGUAGGUUCUGUGGCUGCGAUUGUAGCUUCAGGAGCAAUUGUUAUCAUCUUGAUAAUUGGCAUAAUGUGGUGGAAAGGAUGUUUAAGACUGAAGCGUUUAGGUGCAAGAGAGAAAAAGGAUCUUGCUUCACAAACUGGUUUAUUCACCUUAAGGAAAAUCAAAGCAGCAACAAACAACUUUGAUGAAUCUUUCAAGAUUGGAGAAGGAGGAUUUGGUCCAGUUUACAAGGGUGUUCUAUCUGAUGGCACAGACGUAGCGAUUAAGCAGCUUUCUUCUAAAUCAACACAAGGAUCUCGUGAAUUUAUUAAUGAGAUAGGCAUGAUUUCUACUUUGCAACACCAUAAUCUUGUUAAGCUCUAUGGCUUCUGUAUGGAGGAUGAUCAGUUGUUGUUGAUAUAUGAAUACAUGGAAAACAAUAGCCUUGCUCAUGCUUUAUUUGCCAAGAAAGAAGACCUAGAAAAUCGGCAAUUGGGACUGGAUUGGAAAACAAGAAAGAGGAUUUGUGUUGGUAUUGCUAAAGGUUUAGCUUACUUACAUGGAGAGUCAAAACUUAAGAUCAUUCAUAGGGACAUCAAGGCCACUAAUGUAUUGUUAGAUAAAGACCUCAAUCCCAAGAUAUCUGAUUUUGGUUUGGCAAGGCUCAAUGAAGAGGACAAAACCCACGUGAACACCAGAAUAGCCGGCACUUAUGGAUAUAUGGCUCCUGAGUAUGCUAUGCACGGUUAUUUGACGGACAAGGCAGAUGUUUAUAGUUUUGGAAUUGUUGUGUUGGAAAUUGUUAGUGGAACCAAUAAUGCCAAUCACCAUCCUCAGGAGGAAUGCUUCUCUCUUCUUGAUUGGGUGCACCUGUUGAAGGAAAAAGACAAUCUUAUGGAGCUCGUUGAUCGGAGGUUGGGCGAAGACUUCAAGAAAGAGGAGGCAACAAUGUUGAUCAAUGUGGCUCUUUUAUGCGCCAGUUUUUCUCCAUCACUCAGGCCUUCCAUGUCUUCCGUUGUAAGCAUGCUUGAAGGAAGAACUCAUGUUCAAGAGGUGGUGUCUGAAUCAACUGAGGUGUUGGAUGACAAGAAAUAUAAGGUGAUGCAACAAUACUAUCAACAAAGAGGAGAAAAUAGUAUAAGUGAGGUUCAGAGCCAAAGCAUCCCAACUGAUGAAUCUCGUGCCUUUAUGUAUGAUACAGAUUCUUCUUGCUGGGAACCAAGAAAUUAGAAAAACUAUAUAACUUGCAUCAUUAAUACAUCUGUUUAUCCUAAUUACGUAACAUUCAUUUUUGUUUGGAGAGGGUGUAAAAGAGAACCUGGGUAUUGAACUUGUGAACUUAAUUUACACCCUAGUCUAGAGAAUUUGAGCUUGUGCCAAUUCUGUCAUAAUGAAGUAAGGUAUUUGUUAUACGAAAAAUUGAAGUUUCCAGAUUCGAGUGAGAUGGAUAAUUCGAUGAAGUUUAUACACA